CACAUACUGCCACAAAUUUGUUUAAUGAAUACAUAAUAGAUGGUCUUAAAGAGAAAACUGUUUUACUCGUUACUCAUCAAGUUGACUUUCUACCAGCUUUCGAUUCUGUUUUGUUGAUGUCAAAUGGGGAAAUCCUAGAAGCUGCUCCUUAUCAUCAUUUGUUGACCUCAAGCCAGGAAUUCCAAGAUCUUGUUAAUGCUCACAAGAAAACUGCUGGUUCUGACAAGCCUGUGAAUGUUACUUUUUCGCAGAAACAUUCAACUUCUGCUAGAGAGAUUACACAAGCUUUCAUGGAGCAGUCAAAAGCAUCAACUGGGAAUCAAUUAAUAAAGCAAGAAGAGAGAGAGAUAGGAGACAUAGGGUUGAAGCCGUACUUGCAAUAUUUGAAUCAGAUGAGAGGCUAUAUAUACUUCUUCGUUGCUUCUCUUUGUCACCUUCUAUUUGUCAUUUGCCAGAUAUUGCAGAACUCAUGGAUGGCUGCUAAUGUUGACAAUUCCCAAGUCAGCACAUUGCGGUUGAUUGUAGUUUACUUCUUGAUUGGGGCAAUGUCUACAAUUUUCUUGUUGAUCAGAACUCUUCUUGUAGUUGCCUUGGGUAUUCAAUCAUCCACAAAUUUAUUUUUACAGUUAACACAAUCCCUUUUUCGUGCACCAAUGUCUUUUUAUGACUCUACACCCUUGGGAAGGAUACUUAGUAGGGUCUCAUCAGAUCUAAGCAUCAUGGACCUUGAUGUUCCAUUUAUCAUU